AAAGAUCAUGACAGCAAUUUGUAAUUUGGUUCAUCUCUGUAGUAAAUUAGUUAAGAAUUUUGCUGUAAUUUGAGGCCAAUGGGGGUAGAGGUGGGGUGGAAGAAAAGGAAGAUUUGGCCCUUUUUCCGCCAUCCCUUUUAGGGUCCCUCUCUGAUUCCUCUUCAGGAAAUGUAAUAGAGGAAAAAAAAAAAACUACAUUCGUCAGUAAUUCUGGGGUAACCACAACUUAGACAGUAAGCAGGUCAAUCGAAAUAAGGACAGUGAUUGCUAUAAAACCGACAGGUGCUCUCAUUGACACAGCACAGGCGACAUUUGACACGGGGCGACACCACACACACAUACAUACAGGAAGAAUUUACUACACAAAGCAGACAACCAGAGCAAAAUGACAAAGACCAUCCUGCGCAACAUAGCCAUGGUUAAGUCCCUGCUGCUGUUGAUGUUGGGGCUCACCCUCGUGAGGGAGGUGACAGCCCGGAAAAACCCUAAAGCAGGGGAUACAGCCCUGUGCCCUCCCCUGGAGGAUAACAGCGUGAGGGUCGACAUUCGCAUCCUCAGGCAAAACCAGGGGGGUAUUUCCAUCUCAAAUGAUUUCCAGAACCGCUCCAGUUCCCCCUGGGAUUACAACAUCACCCGGGACCCCAACCGGUUCCCCUCGGAGAUCGUGGAGGCCCAGUGCAGGCACUCGGGCUGCAUCAACGCCGAGGGGCAGGAAGACAGCUCCAUGAAUUCCGUUCCCAUCCAGCAGGAAUUCCUGGUCCUGCGGAGGGAACCCCAGGGCUGCUCUCGCACCUUCCGGCUGGAGAAGGUGCGGGUGACUGUGGGCUGUACCUGUGUCACCCCCAUCGUCCGCUACGUGCGCGCCUGAACGGCCGCUUGGCUGAAGAAGCUGGAAAAUGCCAUUCCUUACCCAGCGCUCUUCAGCCAGUCCUGUGCGGUCCCAAUUUUCUCCACUUCAUAGGCCUCUUGAUAAGACCUGUGCGGAAUUCUCAAAGCUCUGUAGUAGGUAUAGUGUUAGGUUUCUGGGGCGCCUCCAAAUCAUAGCAUAGUCCUGAGCGGUUCCACUGCCCCAGCCCCCUGAAAAUGGCCGGAGGAGAAUGAAGGCGCCCUUGGCCUGCUCUGUUUACGUGCAGCGAUGACCACUUCCUAGCCCAUCAAGACUGUGAUAUGGUGCCACUCCCCGAGAAUUCUGUUGGCAAAUUGGGGCUCUGUGCCAUGUGGAUGAAAAUGUAAAAAAUACAACCACAAUGUAAGAGUGUGUGGGAGGGACUGUGCAGGGUGGGGUGGGAAGGAUGGGGAUAAGGAUCUAGGGCAUAUGUUUAUUAAACAUUUGCUAAACACAGAAGUUGGCCUGAUACUUACAUUUGUAAGGAAACUCUCUGUAUAUUUAUGAUAUAUUGGUUAUAUAAAAUUUUAGGAGAAAAAUUAACAUAUCUAGUACUAAUGUAAUAAAGUA